GGAGGAUGGCGCAGAAAUUGUCUGCCCAUGCAGCUGUUAGUUAAGCUUUCUAUUUGUUAGUUUUCUUAAUGUUUGGUGGACGGGCUAUUAUUCCAGCAGUUUCACAGACUAGUGACCCUUCUUUCGAUGUAUGAAGUCUUGCGUGCCAAUGGUGGUUCUGUUCUGAAGAUGGUGACGUUUAGAAAAUCAGCCAGCCGGCAGGCCAAAGAGGAGGAGGAUGGUGAUAAAGAUGAGGCUGAAGUCAUAAAUGAGCAAAGCUAUGUCCAGGCUCUAGGUACAGACAAUAAAGAAGAUGAUGAGGAGAGUGUGUGUGGCGUGGCAGGAGCUUCUGUUUUUACCUUCCAGAAAAACAAACGUGCCCAUGGAAUGGCACAGACAGCAAAUGAAUUAGCACGAACCCCCGGGAAAAGUGUGACCUCCAGCCCAGAGCCUUCCACUCCCAGCCGAACAGGCCGCAACUGUCGAAACAAAAGCAGGACAUCACAGAGGGACAAGAAGGUGCGGUUUGUCUCCACAACACCCCAUAGACUCAGGAAGAGACUGGCAACCCCCAGUCUCCGCUCAGAUAGUGACAGUGAGCUAUCGCCUUCGGACUCUGAGGAAGAGGAAGAAAAAGAGGAGAAGGGUGAAGUAAAGCAAGAGAAUAAGGAAGAUUUAAAUCAUUCUCGAAAUCUCAGUAAAUCCCAGUCUGCAGCUCUCUAUAAGACCCCUGCCAAGAAGAGCAAGAACACCCCAGAACCCCUCAACCAGCCCAGUCUGGUUGAAGAGUAUUUCGAGGCUCACGGUAGUUCAAAAGUCUUGACAUCUGACCGCACCCUCCAGCGCUUACACACCCCUCAACUUGACAGGGAGACAUUGUUGCAGCUUUUAGACAACAAGCUGUCCUGUUACUCAUCAGAAAUCCAGCAGCUCCACAGCAAACACAAAAAGCACUUUAGUAAAUGGAUGCUGCAGCUACAGUUGGGCUUCAGUGUGCUGAUCUAUGGACUGGGCAGUAAGAAGGCCCUGCUGGAGGAAUUCCGCCAGUCUGAGCUGUCCCAAGAAAUUCACCUGGUGGUCAAUGGAUUUUUCCCAUCUAUUACUUUGAAAUCGAUCUUAAAUGCAUUUACGUCUGAGGUUCUAGAGCACCAAGGAACUUUCCGCACCCCCUCGGACCAAAUCCAGUACAUCAGCCAAACACUCAAAGACAGCCCAGAUCUCCAUGUUUACCUGUUAAUCCAUAACAUUGAUGGACCCAUGCUUCGAGGAGAGAAGACCCAGAGUGCACUGGGGCAGCUGGCAUCCCUUCCCAACCUGCACCUUGUGGCUUCCAUUGACCACCUCAACGCUCCACUAGUGUGGGACCACUGUAAGCAGAGUCAGUUCAAUUGGCUGUGGUGGGAGUGUGUGACAUUCCAGCGCUAUGCAGAGGAGACAUCAUAUGAAAACUCUCUCCUGGUGCAGCAUACUGGGGCUCUUGCUCUGUCCUCCCUCACACAUGUUCUUCGCAGCUUAACACCCAAUGCUAGAGGUAUUUUUAAACUGCUUGUGAAAUUCCAACUGGAAAACGAAGAUAACCCCACAUACACAGGAUUGUCUUUCCAAGAUUUCUACCAGCGCUGUCGAGAGGCCUUCUUGGUGAACUCUGAUCUUACUCUGAGGACCCAGCUGACUGAGUUUAAGGACCACAAACUGAUUCGAACACGCAAGGGUGGUGAUGGAAUUGAGUACCUCAUAGUCCCUGUGGAAACAAAUACAUUGAUGGAUUUUUUGGAGAAGGAGGCGGGUGACUGAGAAGAGGGGGUUUGAGACUAACCUGAACAACUGUGUGAAGACUGGGCUUCUGUG